AUGGAAGUAUCACUGCCUGGUCCUACUGCUGGUCCUACUGCCGGUCCUAAUGGGAGUGAUAGUGUGAAUGAGGUGAUUACGCUGAAUCCGGGAGAGAAUGGUGAAAGUGUGGCUUUGGAGAGAGAAGUUGAAGUGACAGAUGGGGAUGCGGAGGCAGAGAGGGAGCAUGGGAGAGAGAAUGAGUGGAGUGACCAGUCAAACCCUAAUGGAGAUGGUGUUCCGACCAUUAAUCCUGCCUGUGAGCUGAAGAUCAUCCCAACGUAUGAAGACUAUGAAUACAUCCAGGAAGGAGACAUUAUGAUUGGUGGAGUGUUAACAGUGAACUCAUAUACAAUUCCUUUCAGAUAUGCUCAGGAUGGUUACCUGCGAAUGGCGUGUGUUGAUGUUUUCCCUGAGUAUUACAGACAAUUAGUGGAUUUACUUAUAGACAUUAAGCAAAUUAACCAGUCUCCAAACAUUCUGCUUAACCUGACCCUGGGGUACCAUAUAUACGACUCCUGUGGGGACCCCCGGAAGGCAGUGAGGAGCGUAUUACAGAUAUUAUCUGGUACCAGGGAGCCGGUUCCCAAUUACUCCUGUGUGGGAAAGAGAAACAUUGCUGGGUUUAUUGGGGAUCUCAGCUCAGAGAAUACAGUAGCAAUAGCCCAGAUUCUGAACUUGUAUGGCUAUUCCCAGAUCAGUUACGGAGCGACAGACACAGAGCUCAGCGACAGAGUCUCAUUCCCGUACUUUUUCCGCACAACACAAAGUGACCGUGGCCAUUAUUUUGCUUUGAGCAAGUUACUGAAAUAUUUUGGCUGGACCUGGGUUGGAAUCAUACGAUUAGAUGAUUACGGUGGAGAAAAAGAACAUCAACUGCUGAAAAGCAUCCUUUCUAAUGACGGGAUGUGUAUUGAAUUCACUUUAAAGAUAACAAGUUAUAUAUUGAGAAAUGAAAUUGAGACCAAUAUUCCAUAUUAUAUGGUCUAUAAAAGGAUUAUAGAAGAAUCCACAGCCAGUGUAAUUGUAUUUUGUGGAACAGUUCCUACCAGUUCUGUAGGAAAAUUAAUUCCCCUUUCAGAUUUGUUUAUUAAAAAAACACUAAUUGUUUCCAAUAAUUUGGCAUCUUCUCUUCACUUUAUGGAUUACGCAAUAGAAAUAUUUAAUGGCAGUUUGGGAAUUACACAAAUGUUGCUGAGUUCCCGGUACAGCACUGAGAAUACUCAAGUUCUAAAGGAAUUUCAUCCUUCAAAAUACCCCAAAGACAAGUUGCUUGAAGACAUCUGGAUGCAGUAUCAUUCAUGUUUAUCAAAGGACCCAGCUAAGAAUAAAGCAUAUGAGCAACUGUACUCAGGCUUCUUGUACAACUGCAGCGGGAGGGAACUCAUUACAAAUGUUCGAAACUUUGACAAUAAGUUUUUUUCCCCCCGCGUUCCCCUCGCAGUUGAUAUAAUGGCUCGUGCGCUUCAUAUUAUGCAGAUAUCACUUGCCAACAGAACUACUGGAAAGGCCAAAAAAGAGCAGAAUUAUAGGAAUCAGGUCCCGAAAUCUCAAUGCACAGAUAAUUGCCUCCCCGGCUUCAGGAAGGUGCCAAAGCCCGGAGCCCAUUCCUGUUGUUAUAACUGUGUCCCGUGUUCUAAUGGAGAAAUUGCAAACACAUCUGACAGUGAAAACUGUGUCCAUUGCCCCGACAUGGAAUGGCCCAAUGAAAACAGGACUCAGUGUAUUGCCAAAGUGGAAGAAUUUCUCUCUUAUACUAAUGAUAUAAUUUCUAUCAUUUUUUCAGCUAUUUCAAUUCUGUUUUUUUUAAUUACCAUGCUAAUAUUGAUACUGUUUAUUAAAAACUGGGACAGCCCCAUAGUGAGAGCCAACAACCGGAGCCUGAGCUUCCUCCUCCUUGUCUCCAUCAAGCUGAGCUUCCUCAGUGUGUUUCUGUUCCUCGGUCGCCCUGUGGAUAUAACCUGCAUGCUGCGCAUCAUCACUUUUGGAAUCACCUUCUCCAUAGCUGUCUCUUCUCUCCUGGCCAAGACUAUCAUGGUUUGUGUUGCUUUCAAAGCCACCAAGCCAGGGAGCUCAUGGAGAAAAUGGCUGGGAGUCAAACUGUCCAAUUCUGUAGUCUUGUUCUGCUCAUCCAUUCAAAUAAUCAUCUGCAUGACUUGGUUGGCCAUUUCUCCUCCCUUUCAGGAACUGGACAUUCACACUUCCCCUGGAACCAUCAUCAUUCAGUGCAAUGAGGGCUCAGCUAUUGGCUUUUACUCAGUUAUUGGGUAUAUGGGGCUUCUGGCAGCUGUUAGUUUUGUUUUAGCAUUUUUAGCUCGGAGCUUACCGGACAGUUUUAAUGAGGCCAAGUACAUCACUUUCAGCAUGCUGCUCUUCUGCAGUGUUUGGAUCACAAUGAUCCCGGCCUAUCUGAGCACCAAAGGCAAAAACACUGUGUGUGUGGAGAUAUUUGCCAUACUCACCUCAAGCGCGGGCCUUUUAGCCUGUAUAUUUCUGCCCAAAUGUUAUAUCAUUUUAAUUAAAUCAGAAAUGAACACAAAAACCCAUUUACUUGGAAACAAAAUGUAA